CGGCGGCGGCGGCGGCGGCGGCGGGGACGGCUGUUGCUAAGGGAGGGGACGCGCGGGGAAGCGCGGCCCGAUCGGCGGCCGGCACCGAGCGCGACCGCCUAAGCGGCGCCCCCUCCUCGGGACCCUCCCCCACGCCCAGCGUCCUUGAAAGGAGCCGCGAGUGCAGUCCCCACCCCCGGAAGGCGCCCCUACGAGCCAGCGCGACCCCGGAGCGCCGCUCGGAUUUUUGAUUCUUGAUUCACCUUCCGCUACUGGGACUUUAUCGAAGAGGACGUGCGCUUCCCCUAGGAACGGCGAGGACCCCCGGUUCGGGGAGCCCAACCCCCCCGCAGUGCCCGGAGGCGCGACGAGGAUUGGCGGCACCCCUUGGACCCCAGCCCUCCAGCGCGGGCCGGGGAUGGAGCCGCAGCCCGGCGGCGCCCGGAGCUGCCGGCGUGGGGCCCCCGGCGGCGCCUGCGAACUAGGCCCGGCGGCCGAGGCGGCGCCCAUGAGUCUGGCCAUCCACAGCACAACGGGCACCCGCUAUGAGCUGUCGGUGCCCCCGGACGAAACGGUGGAGGGGCUGCGCAAGCGGCUGUCCCAGCGGCUCAAAGUGCCCAAGGAGCGCCUGGCGCUGCUCCACAAAGACACCCGGCUCAGUUCGGGGAAGCUGCAGGAGUUCGGCGUGGGGGAUGGCAGCAAGCUGACGCUGGUGCCCACCGUGGAGGCGGGCCUCAUGUCCCAGGCCUCGAGGCCAGAGCAGUCUGUGAUGCAGGCCCUGGAGAGCCUGACGGAGACACAGCCCCCAGUGGCGCCCGGGCCGGGCCGGGCUGGCGGAGGCGUCUUCCGGAAAUACCGAUUCAUUUUAUUUAAGCGUCCGUGGCACCGACAGGGACCCCAGAGCCCAGAGAGGGGCGGCGAGAGGCCCCAGGUCAGUGACUUCCUGUCGGGCCGCUCGCCGCUGACCCUGGCGCUGCGCGUGGGGGACCACAUGAUGUUCGUGCAGCUGCAGCUGGCCGCCCAGCACGCCCCGCUACAGCACCGCCACGUGCUGGCCGCUGCCGCCGCCGCCGCCGCUGCCGCCCGCGGGGACCCCGGCAUGGCCGCCCCCGUGUCAUCCCCCUGCCGGCCCAUGGCCGGCGCUGCCCGAGUCCCCCCGAUGGCCAGCAGCCCUGCCCCCACGUCCCCCUCGUCUGUCACCGCCGGCUCCUUCCGAUCCCACUCCGCUUCCGCCGCCUGCCCUGAGAUGGACUGUUCGCCCCCUGCCAGUGCCGGCAACAGCCCCACUUCUACCCCCGGGGGGAGCCCUACCUCCCGCUCCCGCAAGCCUGGCGCUGUCAUCGAGAGCUUCGUGAACCAUGCCCCGGGGGUCUUCUCAGGGACCUUCUCUGGCACACUGCACCCCAACUGCCAGGACAGCAGCGGGCGCCCGCGGCGUGACAUCGGCACCAUCCUGCAGAUCCUCAACGACCUUCUGAGUGCCACGCGGCACUACCAGGGCAUGCCCCCGUCCCUGACCCAGCUGCGCUGCCACGCGCAGUGCGCGCCCGCCUCACCUGCCCCGGACCUCACCCCCAAAACUACCUCCUGCGAGAAGCUGGCGGCUGCGGCCCCGGCCUCCCUGAGCCAGGCCCGCAUGUGCAAGCCCCUGGGGGACCGGCUGCGGCAGACGGAAAACCGGGCCACCCGCUGCAAGGUAGAGCGCCUCCAGCUCCUGCUCCAGCAGAAGCGGCUCCGCAGGAAGGCCCGGCGGGAUGCCCGCGGGCCCUACCACUGGCCGCCAAGCCGCAAGGCCGGCCGCAGCGACAGCAGCGGUGGCGGUGGGGGUGGCGGGCCCAGUGAGGCCUCCGGCUUGGGCCUCGACUUCGAGGACUCCGUUUGGAAGCCGGAAGUCAACCCUGACAUUAAAUCAGAGUUCGUGGUGGCCUAGGAACCACGUCCCUCGCCUGGCCACCUUGAGUGGAGAGUCCCCUGGGCCAGCCUGCGUGCGGGAGGGCAGGCAGUUGGGGUCAGGGCAGCGGGAGGCCCCUCCCUCCCCACCAGCUUCCUUCUGGUUUUUUGGUUUGUUUUGUUUUUGGGUUUUGUUUUUUUGUUUUGUUU